AUGGAUCAACUGACUGCGCAGCAAACGGCUGCGUACUUGGCUCGACUCGGUGUUACCGAGGGAGAGCCCAUCACCGCAAACCUCAACACGCUUGGAAUUCUCGUCGAAGCGCACCUGCAACGUGUGACCUUCGAGAACAUCGACGCGUUGCUGGGACGAACAAUUGCGCUCGAUGUCAACUCGCUGUUCGCCAAAAUUGUCGAGCGCGGACGCGGCGGCUACUGCUUCGAGCUCAACUCCCUGUUCGCCCGCCUUCUCCAGGCACUGGGCUACCGGCUUCGUCUACGCAUGGCUCGCGUUCACUGGGGUCUUCCUCGGGAAGCACCGAUGCCGCUGCAGCAGCACGUCGUACUCGUAGUGGAGCUCGCCGAGGGCGACCACCUCGUCGAUGUCGGAUUCGGUUCGGCCAACCCGUACUUUCCUCUGCCCCUGAAUGAAACAGAAGGGAGCCACCCGUACAGGCUACGGAUGCUGGGCGCUGAAGAAGACUGCGAACCGGGUACUCUGGAACUUAGCAUCCGAGGCCGCGAUGAGUGGAUACGGAUGUACCGCAUCGAACCACGUGAUCAGCGUUGGCGCGACUGCGUGCCGCUCAACUGGUACACGUGCACACAUCCCGAGUCCGUAAUGCGACGUGUACUCAUGAUGGGUCGCAAUGACGGGGAGGCGUGGCUGAGCUUGUUCAACGGUCGGUACAGGCGCCGCCUGCGUCGCUCUGGUUGCGACGCCGUGGAGAAACGGGAUAUCAGGGACGUCGACGAAUUGCUUCGCCUGAUGCAGAACGAGUUCCGCCUUCGCCUGUGUUCUGAGAAAGACUUGGAACCCCUGCGCGCUCGCUUGGCAACGCUUGUGGUCGAGGAAGUUCAAUUUUGA